GGGAAGCUCCUCGAUAUCUUUAAUAUAUCCCUGGUCCCUCAUCUUUGUCCUUAGUGUGGCUUGAAUCGCUAUCGCGUACUGUGAUACAGAGACGUUGUUUCCACGCAGAUCCCCUAACUCUCCUUAAUCUACCCACCAGUCAUGGGAGACUUUGGCCCACCCGUAGCGGUACCCGAGACGGAGGUACCUGGUCUUGCUCCGUCAUCUUUGACAGAUCCAGAUGAAGUCUCGGUACUAGUGACAGGAUUUGGACCGUUUAAAACCAACCUCGUCAAUGCCUCAUAUUUGAUUGCCUCCUCUCUACCACAGUCACUUGACCUUCCUUCGGCGAAGCCGUCUGGAUCCGGGCCUGCUUCUCGCCGAAUUUCAAUUCACGUGCACCCAUCUCCCAUUCCUGUCGCCUACUCAACAGUGCGAACAGCCAUUCCAGCCAUCCUAGAGGAUUAUGCCGAGUCCCAUGGAGGUCGACGACCAGACAUCGUGCUCCAUAUGGGCAUAGCGGCCACAAGAUCAUACUAUUCAAUUGAGACCAAGGCACAUCGAGAUUCUUACCAUUUGUCCGAUGUCAAAGGCAGAAUCGGUUAUGAAGAUGGAGAGAAGGUAUGGAGGGAGCACCAGCUCCCGCCAGUGCUCCAGGCUGGUCCUGCGACGGAUCCCACAGGCAUAGUACAGAAGGGUCUCAACCCCCAGCCGCCCAAUGUCGACUUCCUCAGCACAUGGAAGUCCUUUGUAUCUCCCGGCGCAGACGUUCGGAUAUCAGAGGACGCUGGACGCUACCUCUGCGAGUUCAUCUUUUAUACAAGCCUGGCACAGGCGUUUCAACAAGGCCAGCACAGAAACGUUGUGUUCUUCCAUGUGCCUGGAUCUUGUGCCGACGAGGACAUUGAGAGAGGGGCAGAUAUUGCCGCCGGAUUGAUCAAAGCUCUUGUAACAAGCUGGGCUAGCGGGCAGGUAUAGAGAGGCAUCCAGGUUGCUAGUAUCUUUUUGCAAAGCAAGAACAUGAGCACUGGGCGAGAUAUAUACUUGCAUUUCUAUGGCGCGGUGCACUAUCCGGGUUCCAGAUGCGCUUUUGGUUACAGUCACUCAAUUCUCGAGUGAUCAUUUGUUCUUAGGGGACUACUUUCCCUGGGUCGUUCACGUUGAGUUAUACAUGUUUAUCAGGAUUCGGAUACAUUAUCUACCCUCUGACUACUAUUGAUGAAUAUAAACAGUUAUCGAGCCUGA